AAUCUGUAUUGUACAAGAAAAAAUCACAAAUUCAUAGCUUUAAGAACCGAGCAAGAUUUAGCAGCAAUGAAGCCAAUCGACGACAAACAAGAGAAAGUAACAAUAAGAGCCGUAAGCCACGACGAAGAAGGAAAAAAGAGAGUAGAGAAAACAGAACUCAACACACACAACAUAGACACAAUCAAAUACGUCGAGAAAAAACUCAUCAAUAACGGUGUUCAGCGUCUCGACCGUCACCCCGUUGACGGCAUAGGAAUCAGUCGUCCGCCUUCGAAGUCUGGUCACGGCGGUAAGUACACAUGGGAAGGUCCCGCCGAUAUCAUUGAUAAUGAGCUUGAUGCAGCACCGGCAGCUAUAGAUGAGAAGGAUCCUAAUUAUGUAGACGAGGAAGUUGAUGCUGAUCCUCGUUUGCAAGUUAAUUAACUGAAUAUGAAAUGUGAUUACGAAUUAUGAAUUUAGUUUGUUUAUUUUGUUUCUAAGUUGGUGUGGUGUGGUGUGGUGUGUGUUGAGUUAUAAUUGUAAUCGCAAUCAGACAAAUGCUAAAUUUCCUGUAGCAUGAAA